AUGACAACAAGGAUCAGCAAGGGUUAUCAAAGGAUUGACAUGGUGAAAAUGAAGAAUGCGAGGAACUUACAAGUUACGUUUUCUAAGCGACGUGCUGGUCUGUUCAACAAGGCUAGUGAACUUUGUACGCUAUGUGGUGCUGAAAUUGUCAUUGUGGUAUUUUCCUUGGGCGAUAAAGGAGUUUUCUCCUUUGGUCACCCUAGCAUUAACACAGAAGCUGGUAUUCGUGAGAUCAAUACCAAGCUCAUAAACCUCGAGGGGAUUCUCCAGAUGGAGAAAAAUUGUGGAGAAUCCCUUCGAGAAAUUAGGAAGAGAGCUAAUGGUGUAUGGUGGGAAUCUCCUAUGGAAGAACUUAACUUAUUCCAACUUCAACACUUGAAGAAGGCAUUGGAAAUUCUAAAGCAAAAGGUUGAAAAAGAGGCACAAAUGGUGAAUAAUAAUGCAUUCCCAUUUCAAACAUUGAGAAGUGCCUGGACUCCUCCUAAUUGUACUAGGUAA